CCCCUUUUCCACUUCCUCUAUAAUAAAAAAAAAGGCAAUAUCAAAGAUGGCAUCCUGUGCAAAGAGUAAUUCAAUUCUGGAUUCUCUAGCAGAUGACGAGAAAUAUACAAGAAAGGAGCAAACGUUUUUCGACUACUUGCUAAAAUCAAAUUAUUUAAAUAAACAGAUAGCUUCUUUAGCAAACCACUUUGUAAACUAUAUGGGAGAUAGGUGGUACGAACUACAAAAUAAACAAAAGGAUGCGCUUCUUGAUCUGCUAUUCGUUGAUGAUGACAUCCGCCUUUUAUACAACAGAACACUAUUGCUAAAAAAUGUUUCAAAAACUUCUUUUAAUGAUAAUUUAAAUGGUGUUUCAUCGGACCAUGACAGGACAGACUGUAACUAUUCACCAGAAACCUUCCCCCGCCUUUACAUUAAUUCUGGGCAAAAAAUAAAUGUAGAUUUUGAAAAUGAUCUCUGGACCUGGAGGGAUGAACAUUCUGGACCUUUUUCUUGGAUGUCUCGGAGCCAACAAGAUUUAACAUUGGCUGACCUUGACAGUGAGAAUGUUGGCAAACCUCAGCCCAAAUCUCAAAGGCUGGACCAGAGCCAGAGGUCAGUGCCCCAGUUUACAGAGCUGAGCAACUCGUGGACUACAGAUGUGCUGGAGAACUACAGGAAACAGCUGAGGGAUCUGACACCAAGUGGCUCCAUCCUGGCCUGGCAAAAAGCUGCUGAACCCGCAGUUUGUAGCAAGAAGAAAAGCUGGUCCAAGAAAGUGCUGGAGAGGGCCACUAGUGAGGCCAGGCUCCUGCACGAAGAGGAAGGUGAGGCACAUGAGGACAAUCAUCUGGUUGAGUGGUCCACCUUUGUGGGGGAGUCAGGCCAGCUAGCCCCAACAGACAUGAGCAUGGACCGCGGCCUGGAUGAGAGCAGGGCAGUGUGUCCAGUGGUACAGACCUCACCAGUAGCCAGUAGGACUGUGGUACAGACCUCACCAGUAGCCAGUAGGACUGUGGUACAGACCUCACCAGUAGCCAGUAGGACUGUGGUACAGACCUCACCAGUAGCCAGUAGGACUGUGGUACUCCCUUCCCCUGCUCAUAGUGACUGGUCCAUGGAGAGUAGCCCAGACCACAAUACUCAUCUGCUCAAAGGAAUGCAGUCACCUGUCCACCACAGACAAGAGGUCUUACACCUUGGUCCACCAGCAGAAGAAAUCUUGCGAGUUGAACUGGACAAGGAUCAAAGGACUCUCUCUACUGCUCUUGUGGCUGAUGGUGCCCCUGCUGAUGGUGCUGAUGAGAUGCCUACAACUGGCUUUGACUUUUUAGACAACUGGUAACUUUGUUGAGCCACAGGACACCGCACAUUUCAAUUGAGAGAGACCCUUCAACUCUAGUUUUAGUUUUCAAUUGAGAGAGACCCUUCAACUCUAGUUUUAGUUUUCAGUUAGAGAGAGACCUUUAAACUCUAGUUUAGUUUUCAGUUAGAGAGAGACCCUUCAACUCUAUUUAAUUAUGUCAGGGUUGCUAUCCUAAUAUAUAAAAGCCCAUGUGCGUACUUCUUUCUCUCUCUCUGCACAUGUCCCGAGGCUAUGAGAUCAGUAUCUUCAGCAAUAUAUGGAGAAUUUAAUGAUACACAGACUUUUAUUUUAAAAAUUUUGGAUGUAUUAAAUGUAUAAAUUAAAUGUUAUUUAAGGAAGGAAAUUAAAAAUAAAGGCAUAUUCAAAUGUAGAAACGCAUAAUUAAUUAUGCAACCGGAAAAGAGUAUGAUUUUAACCAGAACGCAAAAAAACUAUGAUGUCACAUGUUUAUGAUGUCACAUGUUUAAAUUAAAGAAAGUACACAACACUAAUGGCAGCAUCUUCCAAUUUUAGAAUAUGAAGAAAUGAACUAUUUCAUUCAAAUUUGAUUUAUAUCUACUUAUCAAGACAUAGGCCUAUUUUACGAAAUGUAUACAAUUUUCUUAGCCAAAAUUAAUACAAAUUACUAUUUAAAAAAAAAAUAAUAUCAUAUUGUCCAGGUUUUUUAUGGAAUUAUUGAAAUUAGUGCUUGCAUUUAAUAUGGUGUUGUGUUGAAACUAAUAGUUGCGUUUUAAUUUAUCUAAUAGGUAUUGGCAGCCUUUGUUAUUUUAAAUGUGUGGGUCUUUUAGUUAUUAAGUUGUUUCUUUGCUUUGUCACUAUCAUUUAGUUAAGCACAGUGUUUUGACCCUGCAGUAUUUUAUAAAUAAAUUUUUACAACCAAGUACAAGAGUAAAAAGUCCUGUAAUUCACGUGGGUACCACUGGCUACUGCGCUUUCUUCAUGCUGUGCAAAGUCAAUGAAUUGGCCAACCAAUACUACCACUUUCUUCAUGCUGUGCUAAGUCAAUGAAUUGGCCAACCUAUACUACCACUUUCUUCAUGCUGUGCUAAGUCAAUGAAUUGGCCAACCUAUACUACCACUUUCUUCAAUUCUGACAAAACAGUCAUUUCAAGAGAAUAAAGAAUCCAUGCCUGAAUGUACACUGCUAUUGAAUAGAGAUUCUAGAUCUAUAGGGACACAAUCAAGAAUAGUCUGAAAAUUAUUUCUUUUUAUUUUUUAAAUAAAUAUUGUUAUAAAAUGACUGAUUUUUGUUGGACAUAGCUAAAGGAUGGAUGUAAUCGAUGUUUUUAGUAUUUUCUGUAACUUAGCAAAAAAAAAAUGUAAUUGUAUACAUUUAUCCAUUCAUGGAGAUUGACAAUAAAAAUGGCUAAGCUUGAAAAAUU